AUGACAGAACAAAUAGAAAUAAUUCAGGAGAGUGAUGAACAUAUUGUACUGCAGGAAAUUCCCCCUAGAAGUAUGUCUACAGAGUCAAUUAAACAGACAUUUACAUGCCCUCCACAUAAAAAGAAACGUAUAUUUAUAUUGAAAUUACAGAGGAAAAAGCUUUCUAGAACGUUUUUUCAUUUUUUUAUGUGUUGUAUAUCACCAAAUAAAUGUAUUUCAAAGGAAAAUGAAGCAGAAAAUGGAGAAAGUCCAAAGACUGUUACGAUAGAUGUUAAUUUAUUACCAGAAGGGACUGAAAAUGAUUCUUUAAUACAAGAUACACAAAAAGAUAUUCUGCUUGAAGAAGAAAAUAUUGGAAUAUUGCAGAAUUUAAAAGGAAAUCUGAAUGAAGAGACUGACUUUAACACGACAGAAAUAUUUCCUCUCACUGAUCAGGAUCCUAUAUAUAGAGAGAGAAAAGUUGAUAUUUCUUUAAUUUUUUCACAGAUAGAUGGUAUAGAAAAUGGUGAAGCAAUUCAACAUCCAUUAUCUCCAAAUAUUUCAACCGAGAUUGAUUUAUCACUUUCUUUGAUAAAUUCACCGUUAUCCAUGCCUCAUACGGAGAAUCAGCAAUGGCUCUUGAGUCCCAUUCUUGAUGCUGAUAAAGGAAAAAAAUGUCUUGUUUUAGAUUUGGAUGAAACACUUGUCCAUUCUUCGUUUAAGAUUAUUCAUCAGGCAGACUUUAUUAUCCCUAUAAAAAUCGAUUCGAUUUAUCAUAAUGUAUAUGUUAUUAAGCGUCCUGGAGUAGACUGUUUUAUGAAACGAAUGGGAGAACUUUUUGAAAUCGUUGUUUUUACUGCAUCUCUUGCUAAGUAUGCAGAUCCUGUGCUAGAUAUGCUUGAUAUUCAUCAUGUUGUUAAACAUCGUCUUUUUAGAGAAUCUUGUUUCAACCACCAAGGAAAUUAUGUAAAGAAUUUAUCACAACUUGGACGUGAGUUAAAAAAUGUUUUAAUCAUUGACAAUUCCCCAGCAAGCUAUAUAUUUCAUUCAUCGAACGCAAUACCGGUUUCAAGCUGGUUUAAUGAUAUACAUGACACAGAAUUGCUUGAUCUUAUACCUUUUUUAGAGGAUUUAACGACUGUUUCUGAUGUAACUACUGUACUUGAUUUAGCAUUAGCAUAA